UGAGGCAGUGUGACGCUGUGUCAGGGUAUCGGCAGUCGGGGGAGGCUUAAAGAGAUAUCAUAGCAACUCGAGGACAAGAGGGGGAAAAAUAAACGAUUCAUACGUACGAAGAGCCAUGACUUCGACUGCCCGUCGAUAGCUUAAGUCUAAAGGUAUCAAAGGGACAUCAAAGCAAUCCGUUACCUAUUCAUCUCAUCGCUGUUUGCUGUCAGGGUCACUCUAUGCUGUGACCCUCCAACAUGGAUAGCAUCCACUGUGUCACUGAGGGCUGACCAAAAGGAAUGAGGAACCCCAAAGGAUGUUCCCAAGUGGGCUCGUGGAUGCACUAGCUGGCGUUUGGGGUGCUUUUUUAUGAUUUGUACUGUAUGUGUCUGUCUGUGGGCACAUUCUAGCACCGCCUGCCUAGUCUCCUGUCCGGACCGUAUUUCUUUUUGACUGGAGCUGGAGUGAGGAAGAAUCAAGGAGACAAAACGGGAGGACGCAGCAUUAGAUUAGAUUCCUUAAUUCGCCACCACAGUUUUAAAAGCAACACCUUUCCUCUGUCCUGUGAGAUUUGUCUCCCUCCCCCCUUCCUAAAGCUUCCUCGGCCAUUGUUACUGGAUCUCCUAUGGUUUGCAUGGCUGGAGAAUAACCGUGGAGAGGCCAGGGUAUCACAAGCUUAUGGAUUUUGAUAAGAGAGGGGGCAAGGGAGAGACAGAGGAAGGGAAAAAAAUGUCUAAGACGGCAGGAAGCAGGACUGGACAUGGGGGUCGGAGUUCUGGGACCAAUUCUGGAGUUCUUAUGGUUGGCCCAAACUUCCGUGUUGGUAAAAAGAUUGGUUGCGGGAACUUUGGAGAGCUCCGCCUGGGAAAAAAUCUCUAUACCAACGAAUACGUGGCGAUCAAAUUGGAGCCUAUUAAAUCCAGGGCACCGCAGCUCCAUUUGGAGUAUAGAUUUUACAAACAGUUGGGAAAUUCAGAGGGAAUUCCACAGGUGUACUACUUUGGUCCUUGCGGGAAAUACAAUGCUAUGGUGUUGGAGCUGCUUGGGCCCAGUCUAGAGGACCUGUUUGAUCUUUGUGACCGCACCUUCUCCCUCAAGACCGUCCUGAUGAUAGCCAUACAACUGAUUACGCGGAUGGAGUAUGUCCACACAAAGAGUCUGAUAUACAGAGAUGUGAAGCCGGAAAACUUCUUAGUUGGGCGACCAGGAAGCAAAAGACAGCACACCAUUCACAUCAUCGAUUUUGGUCUGGCCAAAGAGUACAUAGACCCUGAGACCAAAAAACACAUCCCGUACCGGGAGCACAAGAGUCUGACUGGAACAGCACGCUACAUGAGCAUCAACACACACCUGGGAAAAGAGCAAAGUAGGCGGGACGAUUUGGAGGCCUUGGGUCACAUGUUUAUGUACUUCCUUCGAGGUAGCCUCCCUUGGCAGGGCUUAAAGGCGGAAACUUUGAAGGAGAGGUAUCAAAAAAUUGGUGACACCAAACGAGCGACCCCAAUAGAAGUGCUUUGUGAAAGCUUCCCUGAAGAGAUGGCCACCUACCUGCGAUAUGUGAGAAGGCUGGACUUCUUUGAGAAGCCUGACUACGACUACUUGCGGAAGCUCUUCACUGAUCUGUUUGACAGAAACGGCUACGUCUUUGACUAUGAAUAUGACUGGGUCGGCAAAUCCCUGCCCACACCAAUAGGCCCUAUCCCCAGUGAUGCUCCCCUGCAGCCCAGCAGCAGGGACAAAGCACAACAGCAGACCAAAAACCAGUCGCCUGAGCCAAAAGGAAGUGAGUCUCAGCCCACCCCUGUGACCAAUAAGGAGACUUUGGGGUCGCACCUCACAGCUGAGCGGCUGGGGGGCUCUGUCCAGGUGAUGAGCUCAACAAAUGGCGAGCUGAACACUGAUGAUCCCACAGCUGGACACUCCAAUGCUCCCAUCACUGCUCCCACCGAGGUUGAAGUGGCCGACGAAACCAAGUGCUGUUGUUUCUUCAAAAGGAGAAAGAGGAAAGCCCUCCAGAGGCAUAAGUGAAGGAAGCGAUUGGAGAGAACUUGAAACCUUGUUAUCACUGUCAAGUUUUAAAUGGAAGCAACUACACAGAGCCCUCCCUGUCCUUAUUUCUCUGCCCAGAUUCCCCCUCACCUCUUUACCCCCUCACUUUACUUCCUCCUCACUCUCCACCGUCCCUGCCCCUGCUUCUAUCUUUCUCGUUCUCAGUGCUCCCUGGCUGCUGGCGUGUUCAAGGAAUGUUGCAGUCAUACUGACUCACAACAGACUCUGAUUCCUUGAUCAGCAGAAAAAAAAACUCGCCUGCAUUACAAAGAGGGAGGGGAUUGGGGGGCUUAAGGAAAAAAUGUUUUAAAAAGCUGUAACAAUGAAACUGUGGCGUGAAUAUGAAAAAAAGAUACUGUUUGAAACAGUUGUUGUAUUCUAGAUUCCAUAAAGGUUUGUUGUUCCAACAGUGAAACAGCUGUUGAUCAGGGGGAACCAUCAGAAUUCUGCUCCUUAAGAAACUUUUUAUUGCUUUCCUUUUCUUCCUUUGGUGUGUGUUUUGGGAUCAAAGUAAAGAGGAAAGGUGAAAAUAUGAUCAUGUUAAUUCUGAGAGACAGGAAGCUUUUCAUCUAUAACAGAAUUUGGAGGAUUUUUAUGUUUUGUUUUCUUCUUUUUUUGUAAUUGGAUCCUCAUUUUUCAAAGUCAAAUCCCUGCGUUGAAGACUUAUUUUUAUGUUAUAGUGUUCUGGAGUUCCAUUUUUUUCCCCCUUUCCUCUGGCUUUCUUUUUGUCUGUCGACGUGGACUUUGUAGCACAGUCACUGGCCUCAGGUACUGUGGAAGAUCGAGAGAAACAGAUAUUAAGCUCUCUUACUAUUAUUGCACUUUUGGAAACAUCAGAAAACAAUUACAGUGGAAACUAGGUUUGGAAUUAACAAUUACGAAAACAAAACUUAAUAAAGACUGAUCUAGGAAGAGUCCUUCACGACGCUUAUAUCUGAGUUAUGGCCGAAAAUGCUGAUUUUACGUUGGGGAAGAUGUCUUUCAACUUUUAUUUCUUACAUCAGAAUAAUUUACCAGGAAAUCAUAGUUUGUGCCUUUCUAAGUAAAAUGUUUAAAGCUCAA